AUGGGAAAAUAUGUGUAUAAAACCCCCCCGCCUUUCCACACGUGUCCCCAUUCAGUCCCAAAAACCCAAUCCAACCCAAAAAGGAGGCGGGUAAACAAAAGUCACACCAGUCUCUCCAUUACUCCAGCCCAUUGUUCACACACCGAAAAAACAUAA